CACAACUAACAUCUGAAAUGCGCCCCAACAUCCAAAUACUCUCAGCAGGAGAGACUUUCUCAAAGGCCCCUCUGUAGUUUGAGAGUCACUGAUUCACCUGUGAGAGAAGCAGGCACUCUGGGCCUCCCCCUUACCUUUUUCCUCUUGCAGGUGACACAGUGAUACUGGCUAGACCUCUUCAUCCAUCUUUACAUGGCGACAGAGGAGAAGCAGCGGCUGUGGAACCAGAUCAGGUCAGGGAAACUGCCUUGUGGGGACAGAGGCCAAGGGCUGGAAAUAUGUCUUAGGUCAAGGAGUGGUGGAGAACAACAGUGUUGUCUCAGAGGAGGACAUUUCCCUUUUCUUUUAGGGUCCAGUGUGCUUUGAAGAUGUUGCUGUUCAUUUCACAGACGAGGAGUGGGCGUUGCUGGAUUCUGACCAGAGAGCUCUGCAUAAUGACGUCAUGGAGGAGAAUUGUGGGAUCGUGGCCUCUCUUGAUAAUGAUGGACUGGAAAUUAAGAACAAGGGUGACCAUGACAAAAUCCCCACAAUGGAAAAGCUGUAUAAAUAUCUUGAAAGUGGAAAAAGUUCCCAUUUCACUUACCAUCAAAGAAAUCCCACUGGGAAGAAAGCAUAUCAGUGCAUGGAAUGUGGAAAGAGCUUCAGGAAGAGCUCCAAUCUCAUUUCCCAUCAAAGAAUUCAUACAGGGGAGAAACCGUAUCACUGCAUGGAAUGUGGAAAGAGCUUCAGUCGGAGCUUCUCUCUCACUUCCCAUCAAAGAAUUCAUACAGGGGAGAAACCAUAUCGGUGUGUGCAAUGUGGAAAGAGCUUCAGUACGAGCUCCAGUCUCACUUCCCAUCAAAGAAUUCAUACAGGGGAGAAACCCUAUCAGUGUGUGGAAUGCGGAAAGAACUUCAGUACGAGCUCCAAUCUCACUUCCCAUCAAAUGAUUCAUACAGGGGAGAAACCACAUCAUUGUGUGGAAUGUGGAAAGAGCUUCAGUCGGAGCACCGAUCUCAUAUCCCAUCAAAGAAUUCAUACAGGGGAGAAACCCUAUCAGUGCAUGGAAUGUGGAAAGAGCUUCAGUCGGAGCUUCUCUCUCACUUCCCACCACAGAAUUCAUACAGGGGAGAAACCCUAUCAGUGUGUGGAAUGCGGAAAGAGCUUCAGUACGAGCUCCCAUCUCACUUCCCAUCAAAGAAUUCAUAUGAAGGGGGAGAAACCCUAUCAGUGUGUGGAAUGUGGGAAGAGCUUCAGUCACAGCUCCUCUCUCACUUUCCAUCAAAGAAUUCAUACAGGGGAGAAACCCUAUCAGUGUGUGGAAUGUGGAAAGAGCUUCAGACAGCGCUCCGAUCUCACUUCCCAUCAGAGAAUUCAUACAGGGGAGAAACCCUAUCAGUGUUUGGAAUGUGGAAAGAGCUUCAGGAAGAGCUGUGAUCUCACUUCCCAUCAGAGAAUUCAUACAGGGGAGAAACCCUAUCAGUGUGUGGAAUGUGGAAAGAGCUUCAGUCAGAGACCCCAUCUCACUUCCCAUCACAAAAUUCAUACAGGGGAGAAACCCUAUCAGUGUAUGGAAUGUGGAAAGAGCUUCAGUCACAAACAGCAUCUCACUUCCCAUCAGAGAAUUCAUACAGGGGAGAAACCCUAUCAGUGUGUGCAAUGUGGAAAGAGCUUCAGUAAUGGCUCCCAUCUCACUUCCCAUCAAAGAAUUCAUACAGGGGGAAAACCAUAUCACUGUGUGGAAUGUGGAAAGAGCUUCAUUGAUAGCACCAAGCUUACUUCCCAUCAAAGAAGCCAUACAAAGGUCGGAAAAACCAUUAUACAGCUUUAGGAGCCAGGCAAAUCUGCACCUUCUUAACCAGGCCUUUGGCUGAUUGACAUCUGUCCAUAAGCUUUAAUUAGCUUGUGUUUAAGUAAACAAAGUUACUGGUCCAGUCGCGCUUCCGGACGUAAAUCUUCCAUUUCAGCAGAGCUUUUUAGCACAACGGCAAAGAGUAAGGAUUAGUCAGCAAGAGUUGUAAAUGCAGGAACUCUGGAGCAGGUUGCAAACUCAAAAAGCUUUAUUUAGAAAAACGUAGCCAGGAGAUAAGGCAGACAUCCUUCAUCUCUGGCCAAGUAAAAACUUAAACAAAACUGUGCCUCAAUGCACAAACUUGAGGCAUGACUCCUACACACAGCAAUCAAAACUAAGAGAUAACACUACUGAGAGAAAUAACGCUCCUAAGAGAAAGAGCACAUGCAAGGAACUGACUAUUUAUACAGGCUGUCUUACAUUCCCGGAUGUUUAAUUAAGCUCAGCUGCUCAGUGUUCAGGGCGAUUAGUGUAACUUAACCCUUUAAUACCAACACCCCCUCUCGCUCGUGACACUGAGCUGUAACAAAUUCAGACCUGAACAGAAAUCUUGAUGUGAUUGCAAACUUAAAGCUUUUGUAAAACCAUCUGCGAGAUUAUCUUUACUUAACCCUUUAAUACCAACAACAUCUAAUGCCCUUUUAAAAUGUGGUGUUUUGUGCUUUUAUGUUUUGUUUUUAUUUGUAACCAUCCUGAGACCUGUGGGUUUAGGGAAUAGGUGCCAACUCUUAAAGGCCUAGGGGUCUUUGCCCCCCCCCCCAUGAAAUAUUUGAGGAGGCCAUCCCCCAGUUUUUUGGGUUGUUUCCCCCCCCCCAACGCAACCUUUUAUUCUUCUGCAACUUGCUGUACCAUUUCUCUUUCAAUUUGCCCUCUUAAAAAAUAAAAUAAAUAAACGCACAAAGGUCAUGAGGAGAACAAAAUAUAGGAAAAUACAAACAUGGACAGGUCCUGUGUUUGCGGGCAAAACACAAAAGUUCCUUUAAAGCAGGGUUUCCCAAACUUGGGUUCCCAGCAGUUCCCAGACUACAGUUCCCAUCAUCCAUCCCCAUCAGUCCUGCUAUCUAGGGAUGAUGGGAGUUGUAGUCCAAAAACAGCUGGAGACCCAAGUUUGCUUUAAAGGGAAAGUACGCGGGCCCUCUAAUACCCUCUGCUGGCCAAAAGCAUUGCCACACAAUCUGAACCACCCCCAGUACUGCUAAUUGGAAUUUAUAGAUCGCAAAAUUGAAGUUUGAUCGGCACUUCAACCUCUUGGGAGCUUCUAGGUACUUUCUGCACCACCUAGAGUACCCAUGGAAUUGUGGCUUCUACUGACAACACACAUGGGAGAACAAAUGAAAGACAAACACAAUGGGCAGGAAAAAACCUGGAAAGGGCCAUACCAAAUGGACAUCCGGUGUGAAGAGGUAACUUUUCCCACUGCUGAACAAUGCAAAAAGUAGAGGAGAUGAAAUGCUAGAAGUGUUCUCAGGGGCAAGGGGAGCUGCUGGUAAAAUGAACUUCGGGCUCAAAAUAUUACUUUUUAAAAAGUUGCUGCCAUUAUAGGCAUUGCCAUUCAAAUGGUGUGCAUGGAUCAUGUGAUUGAUUGUGCAAGGCGGGUCUUACCUGGGCCCCCACCAAUAUUUUAUUCAAGUUGGCACCACUAGGUUGGGUGGUUUACAAAUUAAAUAAAUUAAUUAAUCGCCUUCCUUUACACAUGUUCUGGCUUGCCAAUAUCCUUAUUUAUUAUCAUUUUUAUGCCCUUCAUCUGAAGAUAUCGCAACAUAAACAUUUAGAUUGAAAACCUGGCUUUCUCAAAAACAAGUAAAACCAGAGAAAUCUCUCCUC